UCCUGAACCAGGAAACAAAUUUAAUAUUCAAAUUAAGACAUGCUUAUAUCCCAACACUGAUUACAAAUGCAGAGGAGGUGAUACACACAGCAGCUGCUUGCUGAAUUGACAUUGAGGUGAUGAACUUUUUAACCUGCUUAUUCUGUAAACUCUCUUCUACUUCAGACUGGUAUCCUCUGCUGUAAAACAGCUGAUGUGGAUGUAUAUGAGUUUCUGAGCAACUUACUUUGUUGAAAUAAAGGACUAAGCCCAGCCCUGCAACAGUAUUUAGAAGUGCACCCAAUUUAGAAGUGUACCUAGUUGGUGGGAGUCUUCUAGGAGUCUCUGACCACCCUAGAAACUCAGUAAUCAUACUGAUGGCAUGUCAAUAAGGCUCCCUCAUCUCCAGACACAGAUUGAGCCCACAGGCUCCCAGUUCACCACUGGGGUGGUGAAGGAUCUUCUAAAGGAUUCAGGACACAACCCCAACCUCUAUGCUUCCAUUAGCUAAAUACUUUUUAAAGAUAUUAAGCAGUUAUGUUGCUUUAGAGAAGGAGACAUAGUGACUCAUGAAAAACAUAGUCAAAAAUAAUGAAUCAUCUCAGUGUAUUUUCAUUCUGGGGACAUUAGUGAUUUCCAGCAUCACAGCAGAUUUCCAGGCUCUGAUUUUCUUGAUGAGGUAUUUGACUUGAUGUUAAAAAAGAAAAAAAAAAAAAAAGUGUCCAAAAGUAAUUCCCAGACUCAUGGGCUAAACAGAAGUUUUCACAGCAAGAUUCAGAAUCACAGAAUGGAUGAUGGAUGAGGUUGGAAGGCACAUCACUGAGUAAUCUGGUCCAACCUCCCAGCUCAGGCAGGGGCAUUCUAGAGCACAUGGAACAGGAUUGCAUCCAGACAGUUAUCUCCAGUGAGGAAGAUUCUACAACCUCUCUGAGCAAUCUGUUCCAUGAAUUACUACAGUGAAGUUUUAGGCAAGAAUGGUCUCUACAUUGUUUCUUGAAGAAAAAGAGAUUCGGGCAAUGCUGCAGAAGUGCCAUGGAUUAUUUCUGGGAUGGACCUGGGGGUGCUGACAUCCAUCAUUUAUAAAAGAAUGUGUUGUUGUUAGACAUAAUAGGUUAGUUGUGAUCGCUGUAAUUGUCAUCAUAGAAAUGAUGUGCCAAUGCUUACCUGGGAUACACAAAGGGUUGGAGAUAAGGUAUUGAUCUGCUUAGGACUGGCUAACAUCACGUAAGAAUGACAAAGUAUUUAGGGCAAUGUUUGAAAUCUCAAAGGCAAUCUGUUUUUUUUUUUUUUGUUUUCAGGCAAGAUUUGAUUUGAGAACGUAUAAAGAUCAUGUGAGCUGUGGCUGCAACCAUUAUUCUUUUACAUGACAAUCUAGUGGGUCCUCUUAUACUUCCUUGCCUGUGCACCCACCUACCCAAAACCACCACCAGAAGGUAAUGCAGGGCAAGUCCAGCAGAUUGUCCUGGCUCAGCAGUCGAAGUUGGAGCACUCACAGGGGACAGUCCAAGAGUUAUGUGUGUGGGUUUUCAACGCAGGGCAGAAAUGGAAAUUGGCUUGUUGGAUUUGCUUCUUCCCAUAAGGGUUUCUCUUUCCCUGAUCCGUUUGUCCUCAUCUUUUCUCCUUGCUUUCUGUUCUCCUUUCCUCUCCUUACCCUUUCUUUCCCCUUCUCCACUCCCCUCAUUUUGCCUUCCUUCUCUCCCGGGGGUGCAAGCUGCCGUCCCGCUCGGAGGUGUCUCCACGUUCUCCGUUCCGAGCCCGGCGGGGCAGCAGCCGGAGGGCGGGCGGCCCCGGCUCCCCGGCGGUGCCGGCUCAGCGCCGCGGGGCGUGCGCAGGGCCGCGGAGCCGGCCGGGGCGGGCGCCCAUCGCUGCGCCGGCCGGGGCGGGCCCAGCGCCGUCCCCUCCUCCCGCCCGCCCGCGCGGGGGACGGGAUCGCCCCGCCGACGACCCGAGCGGCAGCCGCGGCCGGGAGCGCAGCGCGGAUCUGCAGGAGCCCCUCGACCCUUCCUCCUCCUCCUCGCCGUCCGCCCGGCAGCAUGGCCCGGCGCGAAGCGGCGGCCGCCCCCGGCCUGUGCCUGCUGCUGCUGCUGCUGCUCCGCGGUGAGGGGCUGCUCGCCCCCGCCGCCGCGCAGCCGCCGCCGCCGCCGCAGCGCGGGAGCGUGUGGUGCCCCAGCCGCUGCCUGUGCUUCCGCACCACGGUGCGCUGCAUGCAUCUGAUGCUGGAGAGCGUCCCCGCCGUGUCCCCCCAGACCACCAUCCUAGACCUAAGAUUUAAUAGAAUUAAAGAAAUCCAGCCUGGAGAGUUUAGACGACUUAAAAACCUGAACACACUGCUUCUAAACAACAAUCAAAUCAAAAGAAUUCCUAGUGGGGCAUUUGAAGAUCUUGAAAAUCUGAAAUAUCUCUAUUUGUACAAGAAUGAAAUCCAGUCAAUUGACAGGCAAGCAUUUAAAGGACUUGCCUCUCUAGAACAACUGUAUCUGCACUUUAAUCAAAUAGAAACGUUGGAACCUGAAUCCUUUACUCAUCUUCCAAAACUUGAAAGGCUGUUUUUGCAUAACAACAGAAUAGCUCAUUUGAUUCCUGGAACAUUUAGUCACUUAGAAUCUAUGAAGAGACUGCGUUUGGACUCGAACGCUCUCCACUGCGACUGUGAGAUCCUGUGGCUGGCGGAGCUGCUCAAGACGUACGCGGAGUCGGGGAACGCCCAGGCGGCCGCCACCUGCGAGUACCCCCGAAGGAUCCAGGGGAGGUCAGUGGCCACCAUAACGCCAGAGGAACUCAACUGUGAGAGGCCAAGAAUUACAUCAGAGCCUCAGGAUGUGGAUGUUACCUCAGGGAAUACAGUGUACUUCACUUGCAGGGCUGAAGGCAAUCCUAAACCAGAAAUUAUCUGGCUUCGAAACAAUAAUGAGCUCAGUAUGAAAGAAGAUUCCCGUCUAAACUUGCUAGAUGAUGGCACGUUGAUGAUUCAGAAUACUCAAGAAACAGACCAAGGCAUUUACCAAUGCAUGGCAAAAAAUGUGGCUGGAGAAGUGAAAACUCAGGAAGUUACUCUUAGAUACUUUGAAUCACCAGCCCGGCCAAGUUUUGUGAUUCAUCCACAAAAUACCGAAGUGCUGGUUGGAGAGAGUGUUACCUUGGAGUGCAGUGCAACUGGGCACCCUCAGCCACGAAUUACGUGGACCAAAGGCGACAGAACCCCUCUGCCAAGUGACCCUCGGGUCACAAUCACUCCCUCAGGGGGACUUUACAUACAGAAUGUAAAGCAGGAGGACAGUGGCGAGUACACCUGUUUUGCAACUAACAGCAUAGAUAACAUCCAUGCAACUGCAUACAUCAUAGUCCAAGCUCUACCUCAGUUUACUGUCACUCCACAAGACAAAACAGUGAUUGAGGGACAAACUGUUGACUUCCCUUGUGAAGCACAAGGUUAUCCCCAGCCUGUUAUUGCCUGGACUAAAGGAGGAGGCCAGUUGUCUGUUGACAGGAGACACUUAGUUCUGUCCUCUGGAACACUGAGGAUUUCCAGGGUGGCUCUGCAUGACCAGGGACAGUAUGAAUGCCAGGCUGUCAACAUUAUUGGAUCUCAGCGAAUCAUUGUCUACCUGACUGUUCAGCCUAGAGUGACUCCUGUAUUUGCCAGUGUUCCCAGUGACAUGACAGUGGAGGUUGGCACAAAUGUGCAGAUCCCAUGCAGUGCUCAAGGAGAGCCGGAGCCAGUCAUUACAUGGAAUAAGGAUGGAGUACAGGUGACUGAGAGUGGGAAAUUUCACGUGAGCCCAGAGGGAUUUCUCACCAUUCGCGAUGUUGGCACAGCCGACGAAGGUCGCUACGAAUGUGUUGCCCGCAACACCAUCGGAUACUCCUCUGUCAGCAUGGUGCUGAGUGUAAAUGUUCCCAAUGUCAGCCGAAAUGGAGAUCCUUUUGUACAAACGUCAAUUGUGGAAGCAAUUGCAACUGUUGACAGAGCAAUAAAUUCAACACGUACACAUCUGUUUGACAGUCGUCCUCGUUCUCCAAAUGAUUUGCUAGCCUUAUUUCGGUAUCCAAGGGACCCAUACACUGUUGAGCAAGCAAGAGCUGGGGAAAUAUUUGAAAGGACCUUACAGCUUAUUCAAGAUCAUGUACAAGAUGGUCUAAUGGUUGACCUGAAUGGAACAAGUUAUCACUAUAAUGACCUUGUAUCCCCGCAGUACUUGAAUCUGAUAGCCAAUCUCUCAGGCUGCACAGCCCAUCGCCGAGUGAACAAUUGCUCAGAUAUGUGCUUCCACCAGAAGUACAGGACACACGAUGGGACAUGCAACAACCUUCAGCAUCCCAUGUGGGGUGCUUCCCUGACAGCUUUUGAACGUCUGUUGAAGUCAGUCUAUGAGAAUGGAUUUAAUUUGCCUCGAGGAAUAGAACCCAGAAGGCUCUCCAAUGGCUACCCGCUCCCAAUGCCUCGCUUGGUUUCAACCACUCUCAUCGGGACGGAAACCGUAACUCCUGACGACCAGUACACCCACAUGCUCAUGCAGUGGGGUCAGUUUCUCGACCAUGACCUUGACCUCACCGUAGCUGCACUAAGUGAGGCCAGGUUUUCAGAUGGUCAGCAUUGCAGUUCUGUUUGUACUAAUGAUCCUCCAUGCUUUUCAAUCAUGAUUCCACCAAAUGAUCCCAGAGUUAGAAACGGUGCCCGCUGCAUGUUUUUCGUACGCUCCAGCCCAGUUUGUGGAAGCGGCAUGACAUCUCUCUUGAUGAAUUCUGUGUACCCACGAGAACAGAUCAACCAGCUGACUUCAUACAUUGAUGCGUCCAACGUGUACGGCAGUUCAGACCAUGAAGCACUAGAAAUCAGAGACUUGGCGAGUCAAAGGGGUCUUCUGAGGCAGGGCAUUGUACAGAGAUCUGGCAAGCCCCUUCUUCCAUUUGCCACUGGCCCACCAACAGAAUGUAUGAGAGAUGAAAAUGAGAGCCCAAUACCCUGCUUUUUAGCUGGUGAUCAGCGCUCUAACGAACAGUUGGGUCUUACCAGCAUCCACACAUUGUGGUUUAGAGAACACAACAGAAUUGCCACAGAGCUACUGAAACUCAAUCCACACUGGGACGGUGACACAAUAUAUCAUGAAACACGCAAAAUUGUUGGUGCAGAAAUGCAACACAUAACAUUUAGCCACUGGCUCCCUAAGAUCUUUGGAGAGGUAGGCAUGAAGAUGCUUGGCGAAUAUAAGGGUUAUGAUCCCAGUGUUAAUUCUGGCAUAACUAAUGAGUUUGCAACUGCCGCUUUUAGGUUUGGUCACACACUCAUUAAUCCUUUUCUGUAUCGACUGGAUGAAAACUUUGAACCUAUUCCACAAGGCCAUCUACCUCUUCAUAAGGCAUUCUUCUCUCCAUUUCGGAUUGUAAAUGAAGGAGGCAUUGAUCCACUUCUAAGGGGACUUUUUGGUGUUGCUGGUAAGAUGCGUGUCCCGUCACAAUUACUCAAUACAGAAUUAACUGAAAGACUCUUCUCCAUGGCACGUACUGUGGCUUUAGAUCUGGCAGCUAUGAAUAUUCAGAGAGGCAGAGAUCAUGGAAUCCCUCCCUACCAUGAUUUUAGAGUUUACUGUAAUCUUUCUUCAGCUCAGACUUUUGAAGAUCUGAAAAAUGAAAUUAAGAAUCCUGAAAUCAGGGAGAAACUUAGCAGGUUGUAUGGCUCCCCACUGAACAUAGACCUAUUUCCUGCUCUAAUGGUGGAAGACUUAGUUCCAGGAACUCGACUGGGGCCAACUUUGAUGUGUCUGUUAAGCACACAGUUCAGGCGUAUUCGGGAUGGAGACAGGUUAUGGUAUGAAAACCCAGGUGUGUUCACGCCUGCUCAGCUCACUCAGAUCAAGCAGACAUCUCUUGCCAGAGUUUUGUGUGACAAUGGUGACAACAUAACCAGGGUACAACAUGAUGUCUUUAAGGUGGCUGAAUUCCCACAUGGAUAUAGUAGCUGUGAAGAUAUUCCUAAAGUGGACCUCAGGAUGUGGCAAGAUUGCUGUGAAGACUGUAGAACCAGAGGACAGUUUAAUGCAUUUUCAUAUCACUUUCGGGGGAGACGUUCUCUUGACUACAGUUUUCAGGAGGACAAGCCCCUGAAGAAAAUGAAAAUGUCCAAAUCAGUAAGUUCUGUGAAACAGAGUAAAUAUUUUCGCAAUGCCACGUCUGCAUCUAAUGAAAAUAGAAAUGUACCUGCAGUGAAUGACUUCAAAGAAUUUGUUUUGGAAAUGCAAAAAACUAUUUCAAGCCUCAGAAAUCAGAUAAAAAGACUUGAAUCACGCCUCAGUAAUUCUGAUUGCACAGAUGAAGACGGUAAAUCAUAUUCCAGCAAUGAAACCUGGAAAAGGGACCCUUGUACUCUCUGUGAAUGCAAAGUUGGUCAGAUUACCUGUUUUGUAGAAUCGUGCCCUCCAGCUGACUGUGAAGCGCCUGUGAAGGGUAAAGGAGAUUGCUGUCCAGUCUGCUUACAACAAAAUACUAAUAAAAAGAAGCCAUAAGUCUACUUUUUUAAGAAUUUAGGGUGCAUACUCCUCACAUCAUAUCAGUGCCUGCUGAUGGCAAAACCAGGUAACUGCAGUCCUAACAACAGGAAGAAACCAAGAUUUACAAUAUUCUAAUGGUGCUGCAACAGGAUAACAUAAUGUAUCGUUUUAUUUUCUGCCCAUGAAGGUAAAUCACAAUGCAAAAAUUAACAAAAGGGAAAAUAGCAAACAGGUCAAAGUUAACUGUGUGUUAUACUUCUCAGGUUAGACAAACUCGAACUGGUGCUACUUUUAAACAACACUGUCGGGUAGUUUUAGGUACCCAAAAUGACUGGGUUUAGGAUUUACUCUAAAAUGAACACUUUGUUUCCUAUCUUUCCUUAGCAACAUUAAAAGUUUACUGUCCCUUUCUAGUACCAGUCAGUCUUGAUACUUAACUUUUUUGCUGUUAUUUAGUAAAAUGCCAGGAAAAUAAAAACACAAGGUCACUGUGCCUGAAGCAAUGCCAUAGCCAGGCCAGGUUUCUGCAAACAUCAAUGCAUGGAAGUUCUGUUAAAUCACACUAUCACUGCUGGGCCUGGGCCAGCAAGGAAAUAAAGAAAGCUACUUGAAACCUUUCAACUGCCUUUCCUUAAUUUAAGGAGCAAAACUAACCAAAUUUUCAAAGCAAGAAAAGCGAGAAUUAGUAAGGAAAUAUAAGUAACUGUAAUUGGAAGGGAGCAAAACCAACUGAAUGUGUAUUAUAGAUGUAAUUGACAGUGUUCCUUAUUCUAGGGAAACAUGCAUGACAGAGUAGCAUUUGAUCUUAAAAACUAGCAUAAUCCUUUUUGUCAAAACAUUUGUAAUUGCUUGACAACAUUUUUUUGUUUGUUUGUUUCAUUUAUUCUAAAUCUUUGUAACAUAACCAUCCAGGUCAGCUUGAAAGCAUGCUUCUCUUGAUCUCAGAUCAGCUCAUGUAAUUGUAUGGCCCUGUUUUGAAAAUGUGAAAAGAUGUCACAUGCCAUUUUGUAUACAAAGAUUCCUACUGAUUCAUUGUGGAUAUUGUCAAUAGACAUAUGUUCCUGAUUAUAUUGUGGCACUGUUGAAAAAAAGAAAAAUCAAAAUCAAGCAGCAUGAUUAAUUGUGGAUUGACUACUUUUUCUGACAAGGUAUUUGAUUUUUAUUUUUUUUCCAGUUUCAUCUAAUGACUAUAUAUUUUUACCUCAAUAUUUUUAGCAUUUGUGUUAAAAAUGGUCCGUCAAUGGACUUAAUCUCCCAUUUAAAUGUUUAACAUUAUAGAGUAUAUGUCUACACUAGCAUUUCAGAGUUGUGUACUUUUUAGGAUGCCAACUGUGUAUUUUUGACCAGGAAUUAUAUUGAGUGAAGGACAACUAUCAUACCUCAUUUUACAGCUUUUUUUUUCCUGUUUAUUCAGAAUUGAUUAUUUCCCUGGAUACUUCAUAUGUUAAGGUUUAUUCCCCUGCCCUUUAUUGCUAAGUCAGGACUCUCUAGAACCAGUUCUAGUUACAUGGUUCACUGACUUUGAGUGAGUUUAAGUAUUCAAAUCCAAGGGACACUGAUUGGGGUAUCAAAGAAAUCUGCACAAAAUUAAACCUUCAUAUGUUAAACAUUUCAGAUUAUGCAAACAGACUGAGUACUUAAUUAUUGCAUGGUAGAGCCAAUACCUGUCUAAUAACUAACCUAGCACAGCAAUAUGAAAUCCACUAUCAUAUUUUGGCACAUAAUUUCUCUCAUUACUAACAUUAAUAAUUUCUAAUUUGAUAAACUAUUACCAUGACACACUUUCAAACUUUGGUGUAACAUUAAAGGUUACUGCAGAAACUUUGUUUCAUACUAUGGUAGAAGCAGUAUGUACAUGUGAGUGCUGUGUUAAAAGGUGUGUGGUACACAUGGAAUUGCAAUUUAUAUUUUUAAGAAUAUUUUAAUUGAUUUUAUAUACAAUGUUUUGAUUUAUGUAAUAUUCUUUGUUAAUACUUCUAGAAAUUUUGUGGCGAGCAUGUUUGAGUAUCAUAUGGUUCCUAAAGAUUGUCAUUCCUGUAUUUCUUUGAUACUCUGUGUUUUGUUGACUUUUCCUGAGAGUCCAAACCACAUGUCUCGUCCUGUAAUUCCAGCUCAGAUGGAACUCCUAUAGCAGAAAUUCCUCAAAGAGGAAGGGUUACAGAGCUAAACCAAAUAUAAUUUAACUGUCCAAACAGUUAAAUAAGGCAGUAACACAUUCAGCUGGUUACUACUUGCAUUCUUUCUUUUCAAUUUUAUAUUAAAUAAACUUUCUCAAGAUUUCUGCUUAUAGGAGAAGAGAGUUUCCAUUUUAUACAUUAUAAAAUAGUACCUUAUAUCUGAUUGCUCCUUUUCUCCAGCCUCCAGAGUAAAGUGGGAGGUUUUCUUCGUUGUUCACUUUUUAUUCAUAUGGUAUAUAAAAUGGGCUUAGGAGUUUGGAUAUGUUUAACAAGUGUAACAAGUCUAAUAUUGAGUUAUCUUCCACCAUCCAUCUGUUUAUAAACCAGGAAAAACAGGUCUUUAUCCACAGUCUAAAAUGUAAUCAGUCAUGGAUUGUACUAGUUCAGUUUUAUUGCAGUGUCUCUAGAAUCAGUGUUGAUUUUAACAUUUCUGAAACAGUGGCCAAUGUCUAGAUGACCAUUUCCUCAGUAUCCACUGUGAGAAUAUUGCUGUAAUAUGAUGCAAAUUUUACAUAUUUAUUUUCUUUUUUAAUGUUACCUAAAACAAAGUUGUCGUUGUUGUUAUUUUAACCAGUAAAUUUACCAAAGAACUGUUUGCACUGUAUAAUGAAUGCUUUUCAGUUAAAAUAAAAUGGGCCACAUUUCCAAGUAAA